AUGCUUCAACUAUUUUUAUAUUUAUCAUUGUCAUUUUUUUUCAUAAAAUCGUCACAUGCAUUGUCACUUGAUGUUAAUUCGAAAGAUUCGAUCUGUUCAGCCACUGCUCUAAUCCAACAAGGUAUGUUGAAUUAUUAUCUGGGUAUAAGAAGUGGUGGUACAAUUGGAAUGUUUCAACCUCCAUACUAUUGGUGGGAAGCUGGUGAAGCUUUUGGUGGUAUGAUUGAAAACGCUUAUUUAUGUGAAAAUUAUACUUUUAAAACAUUAAUUGAACAAGCUAUUGUCUAUCAGUCUGGCGAUAAGUAUGAUUUCAUGACCCAAAAUGAAUCUAAAGUUGAAGGCAACGAUGAUCAAGGUAUUUGGGCCAUCACACUAAUGACUGCUGUUGAAAGAAAUUUCACAACACCAUCUAAUUUCACCCAUUCUCUAUCACAACCUGUCCCUAGUUAUGAGAAUUUUACUGCUGUUCCUGACUUUUUAACUAUGGCUGAAAAUGUUUAUAACUUGAUGGGUAGUAGAUGGGAUAAUUCUACCUGUAAUGGUGGUUUAAGUUGGCAAAUUUUUAAUUGGAAUAAUGGCAGAGAUUAUAAAAAUACCGUGUCCACUGGAUGUUUGUUUAACUUGGCUGCUAGGUUGGGUAGAUACACUGGUAAUGCCACUUAUUUGGAAGAGGCUGAAUAUAUUUGGGAUUGGUUAGAAACCACCGGCUUUAUUCAAUUAAACGAAAGUGUUCCAGCCGUUUAUGAUGGAGCUUCCACUGAAAGCAAUUGUACUGAUAUUACCAAAUUACAGUGGAGUUAUAAUAUGGGUAUUGUUCUGGGUGGUGCUGCCUACAUGUACAAUGCCACAAAUGGCUCCAGGAUAGGUGAAGUAUGGAAAACUAGAAUUGAAUAUUUAUUGGAAGGUGCUGUGACCAUUUUCUUCAAAAAUAACAUCAUGUAUGAAUCUGCCUGCCAACCUUAUAAAACUUGCAAUAACGAUCAAAGAAGUUUUAAAAGUUUGUUUAGUAGAAUGUUGGGUUAUACCAGUAUUUUGGCUCCAUUUACCGCCCAAACAAUCAAUAAGUUAAUCCAGAAAUCUGCCAUUGCUGCAGCUGCUUCUUGUAAUGGCGGAUAUGAUAAACAUACCUGCGGUUUAAACUGGUUUAAUGGCACCAAUGAUGGAUAUUAUGGGCUAGGUGAGCAGAUGAGUGCUUUGGAUGUCAUUCAAAUGUUACUGAUUGAUACCAGACCAGGUCCUUUAACCGCUGACGGUUACACUGUUGAUAUUGAAGAUGGAUUAGAAUAUUUAAAUAGUUCAGGCGCAAACGCUAAUCAUGUCACUUAUUUAGGUUUGAUUUUAUCCACAUUUAUUUCCGUCUUUAUCAUUUUUUUUUCAUAA